UCUCUCAAAAAACAUUUCACCCUUUCAAGUAGAACAUCUCAUUCAUCUUGAGAGAGAGAGAGAGAAUGACACAUCUACACCACACCAUGAAUCAUGCACCUAUCGAAGACCACAUGAUGCUCAUCUCACAGCUAUACCCCGAUGCAUUCACUCAAAUGACUCCUCAACAAGGGGAAAACAAGCCAAAACGCAGGCGAAAAAAGAACAAAGGUGGAGAAAACGGGGGUGUGGGCAGCACCAAGAAAAGAAAGCUUAGCCCGGAGCAACUAAGUUUUCUUGAGCAAAAUUUCGUCGAUGAACAUAAACUUGAAUCUCAAAGGAAGGAUCGACUUGCAUUGGAGCUUGGUUUGGACCCUCGACAAGUUGCGGUGUGGUUUCAAAAUAGACGAUCUCGUUGGAAGAACAAAAAAUUGGAGGAAGAGUACUCCAAGCUUAAGAAUGCUCACGAAACCACUAUGCUUGAGAAAUGCCACCUUGAGACCCAGGUGUUGAAGCUCCAGGAGCAGCUUUUGGAGGCAAAGAAGGAGAUUCAGCAGCUCCUAGAACGCGGUGAUAGAGCCCCAAGUAACAGCUCAAGUUCCUCGCACUCACUAUCACAGUCAAUGGAUCAAGUUGUGAACCCUCCAUUUCUUGGAGAGUUUAGCGUGGAAGAAUAUGGUGAUGGUGAUGUGUUCUGCAUUCCUGAGACCCAUUACAUCGAUGGAAUGGAAUGGCUUAAUCUAUACAUGUGAACCUCAACAAAAACUUAGCAUUUUGUAAAUAAUUUUAAUUAUCUAAUGUAAAUUGUUUCCUCUGGUAUAGCUUGCAAGUUGGUGUGUUUGACUAUGAUUUAGGAAGGUCGAUCUAUGUGCCAUUAACAUAUUUUUUCUCUUUGACUCAACUUAGAAUGGUGUUGAUUAAUAUUUAUCAAUUACAUACAAAUUCAAUAAAUUAGUUUAUUGGAGAAAAGUAGGAGAUUAAAACCUCCACUCAUGACUCAUCUCUAUAGAGAGAGGGAGAUAACAAUGUGCCAGUUUUUUUUUUCUCUUCAUAAUCUCUCCUAGAGCCAUGUGAUUAUAGAUAAUAUAGGAUUUGAUCUUCAA